AAAAUGCAAUUGAUGUGGUGUUCUUUGGUUAUACCUAUAGCACAGCAGCCAGAAACCAUCUUUCCACGGAAGAGCUUGUCGUGGCUCUGGGCAGUGAAGUCGGCGCCCUGCCGAAACACGCGGUUCAAGUCAUUCGUCAUGUGUGGAAUGAGCAGGGCAAAGCUGUUAGUGCAUCAGAAGAUGCAAGAGAUAUGGACACAGUGGGGCAGUUUAUAGAUAUUAGUUGGAAACUGGGAGUUGCAAUGAGCUCUGACACCUGCAGGUCUCUCAAGUAUCCUUACGUUACAGUGACAUUAAAAGUGGCAGAGCCUUCAGGACAAAUAACAAACAAGUCUUUUGAAAUGACAGUUCCACAGUUCAAGAACUUUUCCAGGCAGUUCAAGGAAAUGGCAGCAGUUCUUGAAACAGUUUGAAUCAAACUCUUUUA